UUCCGUUAUUACCAUUGGGAUUACAUGGUGAUGCGAUAGCCAUUUUGCAUAAGCCUCGUUCAUCAUAAUCAACUGUACUAAUACGUGUCUUAUAGCAAUAAUUACUUUGCUAUUAAUUAUUAUUGUUAAACUUUGUAACAAUUUACUUUUACCGUCACUUAACAAGUAUAUUUUUUUUUUUUUUUGUUACUUAACUAAAAAAAUUUGUUUUCGGCGUUUAAAGUUACAGAGACUGAUCAAUAAACAACCAGGUGUUUUUUAUAUUUUCCUUUAAGAAUGAACACCCGAGUAUUCGUUGGCGGCUUAACAUACCGGGUGCGAGAGCGCGACCUUGAGAAGUUCUUCCGGAAAUAUGGUAGAAUCAAGGAGGUCGCUAUGAAGAAUGGAUAUGCUUUUGUGGAAUUCGAUGACUACAGAGAUGCCGACGACGCAGUCUACGAGCUGAAUGGUAAAGAAUUACUAGGCGAGAGAAUUACUGUAGAGAGGGCCCGGGGAACACCUAGGGGUAGUGACCAGUGGCGCUAUGGUGACUCCCGUGGUGGUUAUGGGGACUCGAGACGAUCUGCCCGAGACGAUAUGCGGCACGACAGAGAUAGUGUGAACAGAAACACAAGGACUGCAUCUAGCUACAAGCAAUCAUUGCCCAGAUAUGGACCGCCGACCCGCACCGAGUACCGUCUGACAGUGGAAAAUCUUUCGAGCCGCGUAAGCUGGCAGGAUUUGAAAGAUUAUAUGAGACAAGCUGGCGAAGUUACAUACGCUGACGCCCACAAGCAACGUCGAAAUGAAGGAGUUGUGGAAUUCGCAACAUACUCAGACCUAAAGAAUGCCAUCGACAAGCUGGAUGACACUGAAUUAAAUGGCCGAAGAAUUCAUCUGAUUGAAGAUAAGAGGAGAGGACGUCGUUCCCGGUCGUCAAGCUCUAGAUCCCGUUCUCGAUCACGUUCUCGUUCACGUCGCCGUUCACGCUCUCGCUCACGAAGCCGUCGCAGCUCUCGCAGCCGCAGCCGUCGUAGCAGCCGUUCCAAGUCAAGAGCGCACUCUAAAUCAAAAUCAAAAUCCAAGUCUAAAUCUCCUGAACGCAGUCGCUCACAUUCCAAGUCCAAAUCAAGAGAUCGUUCAAAGUCCAAGUCCAAGUCUAGAUCACGCUCCAGAUCUAAAACCGAAAGAUCUAAAUCACGAUCACAGUCUAAAUCAAAAGCCAAAUCACCUUCCAAGGAACGUUCAAGCCGCGAGCGUUCACGAGGUGACAGAUCCAGAUCCAGAUCGGAAAGCAAACACAGCAAGAGUCACAGCCGCUCACGAUCUCCAAUGAACGGUGACAAGUCACCUCAAAGUAAUAAAGACAAAGAAGAUUGAACUUAAAAUUUUUAUAUUCUGAUAACUAAAAAUAA